GCGGUGCUCAGGUAACAUGGUCAAAAUAUGGUGUGGACUUGCGGCAACUUUUCUGUGGGCGGCGGUGGCUGGCCUCGCCGGGGAGGACUCUGUCCACGCGCGGAGUGCGGUGUGGCAGCCCAUGCUUCCGCUGCUAUCGCAUCUUCAUGGAGGGAUGCAUCCUUCGCUACCUUCUCCCAGCACCCAUGUCCCCAUGACGAAGAAGACGACAAAACACUCCCACAAUCGCACGUCAAUGAUGUCGUUGGACGACAAAGCAUCGCAUGUCAUCGAGUUUGUUCGCAAGCAAAUGCAGGCGAAUGGUUUUCCUGGCAUGGGCAUCUCCGUCGUGUACCAGCAUAAAACGGCGAUCGUACAAGGCCUCGGAACCACAGCGGUCAAUUCGUCGUUGCCAGUGCUACCAUCAACGCAAUUCGCAAUCGGUGGGCUGUCGCACACGCUUCUAGCGUUGGCCGUGGCCAAGCUGACCGAAUCCCAUGAACUUGAAUGGAACGAUCCAAUCUCCAUGUACUUGCCGUGGUUCUCCCUCAUGGACGAAUAUGCUGCCAGCCACACGACCGUGGGCGACCUCUUGUCCCAUAACUCUGUCAUCAACAUGAUGGACGGCGCCAUGGCGGUGACCUUCGCCGUGCACGCCACUGGCCGCCCCUUGGUUGAGGCGCUACGGCAUCUCCACACCACGCAUGACUUUCGGUCUGGGUACUCUCCGACUUGGUUGAACUCGAUCAUCCUUGGCCAAGUCGUUGAAGCCGUGACCAACCAAACGUGGCAUGCCUAUAUAUUGGACGCUGUGGCCACCCCCUUGCACAUGGACGAUACGAAGGGCCGCCCUGCAGAUGCCCCCCCCAGUCAGCUCACGUCGGGCCACUUAUUCUGCAACGGCACGGUGAUCGGUCCGUUUUCAUUGGCCAAUUCGACCAUGAUGUCGUUGGGGCCACAGGGAGCGUAUGUGGCUGGGUCAUCCAUGGUCGCGUCUCUCAACGACGUGACCAAGCUGUCCCUCGCAUUGUUGCCUCGGCACAAACACGAUCGUUCAAAGCAAGCAGUAAACCAAACGGGUGACAGUGGGGGGUUGCUUUUUCAAUCGCCCAAGACACUCGCCGAGAUGACCACAGGGCAGAGCUUCAACUCGCUUAUGACCAACGUGGGACCCUGGCUGGGACUGUCGUACUCACCCUCGGGCAAUUCACUUGCAGCCGGCUAUGGCUUUGACAUUGUGGGGGACGUCAUGCAUGGCGAGCAUUUCUUUGGGGUGUUGGGCGUGGCGGGGUACGUCCCCUCGCACGGGUUAGGGGUGGUGCUGAUGUCGAAUGCCGAAGCGGCGGUAGGGGGCCUCUUCAGCGCGCAGAUGGUCAUACCGCUGGUACACUCGUACAUUCUAGGCGUGUACUUGGACAUCCCCAUCGCCACCCUCGAAAACGAGUUUGCGAACGCCAUUGCCGCCAUCGACCACCGCGCUCCCGUGCUCCCGUGUGACCCCCAUUAUUUUGAAAACAAACCGUGGGAUGUGCCUGGGGUGGUCAUUCCAGAUAAGACCAAGCGCCAGCUCGUGGGGACGUAUAAUAGCACCGAGUCGGUGUUCUACGGGGGCGUUGCCGUGUACAUUGACCAUGAAGCCAAAGACAGGGACCUGGUUCUUCAAUAUGGAGAGUACGCGCGUCGGUUGAUUGCAACGGGGAACGAUGGUGUGUACAUGUGGGCGUUGGAAGCCCGCGGGGCGACGUUUGUCGUGCAGUUCGUCGACAAGGACGCGAGGGCCGUGCAAUUGCAUUUCUUUGGGAAAUCGUUCGUUCGCAAAUAGGCGAGUGACGGAAUGGUUUACGAGUAGCAGUGUUCUCAACAUUUGAAUAAAUGAAGUGUCAUGCAUCACCUGUGAGCCAGUGUUCACGUUGAUGCACGAAUCUAUCUCUA